UUAAGUCAUGAAAACAUUUGUGAUAACAAUCACGAAGCAAAACGACAAGUCGACAAGGUGUGCCAAUCGCAGAUCCCGGAGCAACCAACUACCUGCCAUAACGGUUUACCUGACAUCCCUGGCUCUGUUAAUCGUCCAUCAAGGCCACAACAUGGUCCUGUGACCGGCGUAACAACAACUGGGCCCGAACCGCUGUCGACGUCUCCUCAAACCCAAUCACCCAUACAGAUUCAAUCAACUCUACCGGCCACCAGUACCCUUUCUCUUUCGCAGUCAAGACAACGAUCACUCAAUCAGCGAAUUCGUAAUCAAAGUCAGCUUCAUAUGCAACGACACCAGCUGCAUCAACAAUUGUCACAUCAGCCUCAACAGGCAGUUUCAAUUCAGCCACAGUCUCUCUCGACUAUCCAUUUCCCAUCAGGACAAGAGUUACCUGAUCAACCGCUUCAGAGGCAGCAAAAGCAACCCAAUGCAAACCCCUCUGUACCAACCGGUGACACAGGGAUUGUCACAGCCAAAGAUACAAUUAAAGCGCCAUUUCCAUCUACAGAGUCUUGUCCAUCCGUGACUAAAGGGCAAUUGCACAAAUACGCCUAUGAACGUCUCUUUCAGUUGGGCCCAUACGACGACUUGGUAAAAAGCCAUUUAAAUCCGGCUGAUCGGAGAAUCAAGGCGGUUGCAGCAAAAAAUGGAUGUUAUAUAGGCAUCACUGGACCAAAACUUAUCCAUCCAGAUCUUGAUUCUGCAGGUGGCUUUCAAGCAAGCAGAGCUCGGAUCACUUAUCAAUGCUGUGUUGCUGGGCCGACCGGCGACAAGGUGAACAAGUGUCUGAAUUACCUGAAGGAGACAUUUCCAAAUUCCUUCCUUCGUAUCACCUUUCGUUGUUAA